AUGGGAAAUGAUGGGGGAUUCAGUAAAAGUAAUUUGCCUUCCAACAAAAUUAUAGAGGAUUUACUUGAUGGAAAGGAUAUAAAUAAUUUAAAAUCAUUAAUUAGUUCUUCUGACAAUUCUUCUGAUAUUAUUGAGAAAAUAACAGAGUUUAAUACAUCAAUUCAAGUUGGAUAUAAUAAAAUUAAAAAAGAAUGUACUACAACUAACAAUCAAAAAUGCUGCAGGACUUUGAACUAUUAUUUAGAUUUCGUAACUGCAAAUAUUUAUUUAUCUCAAAUAAUGGAUAAAUUUAAGCCCGAUUUGAUAGUUCAACUUGAAGAUCCAUGGAAUACAAAACGUAGUAGCGAAGAUUAUGUAUGUGAUAGAGAAACAGAUAAUUAUUCAAUACUUAAAAGAUGCAUAGUUAAACAAAUAUAUGAUUUUAAUUAUGAUAAGAAUUAUUUGAACACUUAUUCAGACAAAAAUAAAGAUUUAUCUAGAAUUUAUGAUGAAUACCUCAGUAAGGAAUGGUGCGAUAUACUUAAGAAUGCGAAGUCAACUAUUAAUGAUAAAAAAGUAAUAGUUAGAAUUAAUGGGAUAUAUAAGGAUAUAGGAUAUGAUGAUUUACCUUUUAAAUAUACAUUUUUAAAAUCUAAUAAUUUUAUUAAUAAUGAAAAUGAUAAAUUAAUUAUUUCUAUUGAAGAACAUAGCAAUGCAUUGGAUAAUAAUCAUUCACAGUCAGGUAAUAUGACACAAGAAAAUAUUCGAGAACACCAAAAGAAUGCUGAAAAGGAGAUUCAAUCAAAAAAAGUAUUUUUUGUUAAAGAUUUUCUCAUUUAUUGCUAUAUUAUUACAGUAAUUAUUUUCUUAAUUCUAAUAUUAUACAAGUUUAGUCCACUUGGAUCAUACGUUAGUAAAAAAAUAAUGAAAAAGAAAUAUAUUCAAAAAUAUAAAUGUAAAAAUACAGAAGACAUUUUUUCACAAAAUACAGAUAAUAACAAAUUUAAUAUAGCAUACAUUUCCUACUUUAAGCGUCAGGAAAAUAAUAUUUGA